CUGAUUUUCCUUCCUUUUCUUCAAUGUUACUUUCAUUAAGUUUCUUAGUCUUUUGCAGCUGAACUUCCACUUCCACUUUGUGCUGGGAGCUUCAAGACCCAGAAUAUUUUUUGUGGUAUAAGUAGCAGUUUUCUCAAGUUUCUUCUUCUGGGUUCUCUUUGAAGCUUCUAAAAUUUCCAUUUUUGUUUUAGUUUCUGGAAUUUCCAUUUGGGUUUCAUUUGGUGUAGUAUUUAGGCAGGUCUCUUGUUUUAUUUUAUUUUUUAAUAAUCCUUUGAUUUUGAUUUCUGCAAUUUUUUAUAUUUUUUUAAUUUUUAGGGUUCUGUUUUUUGUUUGCAUUUUGCAGUUCUUAUAAUCUGAGGCUUGUAGUGGAUAUUUCAGAUUUUAAUUAAAUAAAAUAAAAAUAAAAAAAUUGUGUUAUAGAUCUUUGAGCGUGGAGGGGUUAGGGAGCCUAAUUAUCAUUAAAAUUCGGUAUUGGGGGUUUGUUAUUAUUAAUAUCUCACCUAAACCUUUUAAUAUUUUCAUUUCAGCUUUAUGUCAAUGUGUGUGCUUGCUCCUGUCUCUUGAAUCUUGAGAAACUUUCUUUGCCAAACCAAAUAGUUUUCUAUUUUAAAGGAAAAAGAAAAGUAUAUAAAGAAAUUGGGCAAUUAGAUUCCCUUAUGCUAAAUCAUGCCUAUGAAAUAGGUUACAAUCACAUAUAUUAAUACAAAGUAUGUAGUAGCUUUUUAUGCUUUUGAUCUGACACUCUACUUUGCCCUUUUGCCUUUAUUUUUGUUUUUUACUUUUUCUUUUUCCUCUUUGUGGUAGGGAGCUUGGUUAAUUUUUGAUGCAUGCAAAGUGCAAACUUUUUGUGGUUGAAUUCCUAUUUAGAUAGAGUUUAAUUGCUUUUUAUGAGAGAUUAUAUUUAGGAGGUUCAACUGAUGAAAAUAUGUUUCUGAGAAAAGUAUGAUUUAGUGAUUUAUACUGCCUUUAGCCUUUAAUUCACGUGAGGCUUCCUUUUUUGAGAUUCCCCAAUUGAUAAUUAGAAUUGAAGCUGGUAUUUAAUCUUAGGUUUGCUUGAUUUGCAGCGCUUCACACUCCCAAGACUUGCAAGUUGUUGCAUCUUCUAACUAGAUUGGAACAUUAUCCUCUGAGUGGUGUUUAUCUUGGUUUGAAUUGUCAAUUGUUAAGUGUAUUAUAGCAAAUGUCCUUCCGGAGUAUUGUUCGUGACGUGAGGGAUGGGUUUGGAAGCUUGUCAAGACGGAGUUUUGAUGUAAGGCUUUCCGGCCAUCAAAGGGGCAAGUCACAUAGUUUGGUCCAUGAGUUGCAGGAUCAACUGCCGGUAAUACAGAACAGCCAGUGGGCUAGUCUUCCGCCUGAGCUUCUCCGUGAGGUUGUUAAAAGAUUGGAAGCAGAUGAGAGUACAUGGCCUGCUCGUAAGCAUGUGGUUUCGUGUGCUGGUGUGUGCAAGUCCUGGAGAGAAAUGUGCAAAGACGUCAUUAACUGUCCUGAGUUCAGUGGGAAGAUUACUUUCCCCGUGUCCCUGAAGCAGCCUGGUUCUAGGGAUGGACUCAUCCAGUGUUUCAUCAAGAGAGACAAAUCUAAUCUGACUUACCAUCUAUUCCUUUGUCUUAGUCCUGCAUUGCUUGUUGAAAAUGGAAAAUUUCUUCUUUCGGCCAAACGUACCCGAAGGACAACUUGCACGGAGUAUAUUAUAUCAACAGAUGCAGAUAACAUAUCAAGAUCUAGUAGCACUUAUAUUGGAAAAUUGAGGUCAAAUUUUCUUGGCACCAAGUUUAUAAUAUAUGAUACACAACCCCCAUGUAGCACUGCCCAACUUUCACCACCGGGCAGAAGCCGUAGGUUUAAUUCAAAAAAAGUUUCUCCAAAGGUUCCUAGUGGCAGCUAUAAUAUUGCUCGGAUCACCUAUGAGUUGAAUGUCCUUGGUACUAGGGGUCCACGUAGGAUGAACUGCACCAUGCACACAAUUCCUAUGUCAUCCCUUGAGCCGGGUGGCUGUGUCCCGGGCCAAGCAGAGCUAAUUCCCCGUACCCUCGAGGAUUCCUUCCGGAGCAUCUCCUUCUCAUCAAAAUCGAUUGACCGGUCAUCGGAGUUCAGUAGCGCUAGAUUCUCAGACAUAAUUGGGCUAGGUAAAGAAGGGGAGGAGGGUAAAGAAAUACCUCUAGUUCUCAAGAACAAAGCACCGAGAUGGCACGAACAGCUUCAGUGUUGGUGCCUCAACUUUAGGGGAAGGGUGACGGUCGCCUCCGUCAAGAAUUUUCAGCUUAUUGCAGCAACACAACCUCCGGCCGGCGCUCCUACGCCGUCGCAGCCGACACAGUCCUCUGACCAUGACAAGAUUAUUCUUCAGUUUGGGAAAGUUGGUAAGGACAUGUUCACUAUGGACUAUAGAUACCCACUUUCUGCAUUUCAAGCUUUUGCCAUUUGCUUGACUAGCUUUGACACAAAACUGGCAUGUGAAUAGUGUGAGAGAGAUACAUGGUAAGAAAAUAGGAUUCAAUCUUCAUUAAGUUCAUAGUACUGUACACCUCAUAGUUUAAAGUGUAAAGUACAGAACAAUCUGUGCUCAAUGUACAAUUAUAUUUUCCUUGUAUCUUGUUUUUUCCUCUUAUUUUUCCUAUCUUUUUUUUUUUUUUUACAACCCUCGUGUUAGUAUGCUACAAACUCUGUCUGAAAACAUAGUUGUUGCUUAUAUGCAUGAGGAGGGAAAAGGUGUGUAGACAGCAUAGGAUUGAAGUAAUGGAAAUAUGGGAGCCUUCGGAAUAUUUGGAUUGAUGUGAUUGCAGCAAAUGUCAAGUGCCAAAAUAUCCUUAUUCCUUAGUCUAGUAGUAAUUUUGUUACUUUAAAUAAAGAAUUGUACCUUAGAGGCACUAGAAUUGCUUCGGAAGCAAUUAAUUUUAAUGUUGUGUAUUCGUAUUCA